UAAUGUGGGUACAUCUUAUCUUACGUGCAAAAGAUAUGCAAAUAUGACCCUGAAAAACAGUUGAGAAUAACAUCUUUAACGGGUAGGUUGCCGGCGAUUCAGGAUUCCUCCUUCCGGCGAAAUGGUUGCCGGCGAUUCCAGAUUUCCAUUCCCUCUGCGAUUCCGGAGUGUAUUAAUCAAUGAACUGCCAUUUCAGUCCUGAGUUUUGUAAGAAGCUAUGCACGUGAAUAUCUGCAGAAUCCUCUGUCACCUUGCCGGAUCCAAAGACCUUCUCCUCCUCCUUUCCACUCUCUUCAUCUUUUACCUGCUCCACUCUCUCCACCACCAUACCCCAACUCCCACCACCACCUCCUCUUCCAUCAAAGCUAUCCCCGCCGCCGAGCGCCACCUCUCCCUCUCACAAAUUCUCUUUUCCAUCGCCGGCUCCUCUUCUUCAUUCCCUCUCCGCACGCCUUACCUCCGCCUCUGGUACAACCCGAAUUCCACAAACGCCGUCGUUUUCCUCGAUAACGCUUACCGCAACCACUCCAUACCCGGCCCGCCAGUAUUUGUCUCCUCUGACACUUCGCGCUUCCCUUACACCUUCCCUUCCGGUAAGAGAUCAGCAAUUCGAGUCGCUCGGAUCGUGAGAGACACUUUGGACCUCGAAUUGAACUCCGGUUUCGACUUUUCCGGCAUUCGUUGGUUUGUAUUCGGGGACGAUGAUACUUUGUUCUUCGUGGAGAAUGUGGCGAGGAUCCUGUCCAAGUACGACGAUGAGAAGUGGUAUUACAUUGGGUGCAAUUCCGAGAGUUACGCGCAGAACGAGAAACACUCGUUUGAUAUGGCGUUUGGAGGGGGUGGCUUCGCGAUUAGUGCUCCUCUGGCUAGGGUUUUAGCUAGGGUUCUGGAUUCUUGUUUGGUUAGGUAUCCACAUGUGUAUGGCAGUGAUAGCAGGAUUUUUGCUUGCUUGACUGAGCUUGGAGUCAGUUUGACUCGUGAAUUGGGUUUCCAUCAGAUUGAUGUUAGGGGGGAUAUAUUUGGCAUCCUUUCUGCACAUCCACUAUCAUUAGCAGCAUCACUUCAUCACUUGGAUAAAGUUGAACCAAUCUUUCCAAAUAUGUCCAGAAUUCAAGCCAUUGAACAUCUUUUCAAAGCUGUACGUGUUGAUUCGGCUCGGAUAUUGCAGCAAAGUGUUUGUUAUGACCAUUCCAACUCAAUCACUGUUUCAGUUGCUUGGGGUUAUUCUGUUCAGGUGUACAUAGGGAAUCUCCUUCUGCCAGAUCUCCUCCAAAUGCAAAGAACAUUCAUACCAUGGAGGAAGAGGAGGGUUACUAAGGUUUCUUCAAGCCAUUACUAUAUGUUCAACACCAGAAAAUUCCCAAGUGGCGAUCCAUGUGAAAUGCCUGUUAUCUUCUACUUACAUGAUGUUGUUUCUCAAGCAAAUGGAUCUUGGACUUCCUACACAAGGCACACCAAUGUUUUGAGUUGUGAAAGAAAUGGUACACUCAAGGAUUUGGUUGAUGUCAAAGUCUUCUCCUGGAGAUCGAAUUUUGAUGUUGGACAGCUGAAGACACCUCGUCGCCACUGCUGUGACAUUUCUUUGCCCGUUAACAAAACACUGGUAAUUGGCUUUAGAGACUGCGGGGAAGAUGAGUUGAUCAGAAUGCAUAAUACAUAGAUUAUGCAUGUAAUUCUGGAUGUUCUAUGACACCAAAUCUUAAGAUACAAAGUGCACCACUGCACCUUGACUAUGUUCUAGGAGGGUUGUAUCUAUCUGUAAUUUAUGUUUUUAGUUUUGUAUAUAUGAAGUUACCUUUUGCUCUGAAUAUGAGGUACAUAUGUAGUUUUAUACCUUUAUGUCCCUUUUCUCAUCAUUGAUAAAAAAAGGAGGAUGCAUCACACCCUUAGACUACCAAUGACAAGUAGUCAAGUAGACAGUUCACUUAGGAUUAAAUUUCAUGAUAAUGAAAAUUGGUUGAUAGA